AUGGUAGGGGGCACUCGUGAGCCCAGAGAUUAUGCUACGCCGCACCUGCAGACACCAGAGUCAAUCAGAGUCAACGGAGAACGAGCAACUAUACCCGUAUUUUGUGCAGCUUACGGUUGCAAUAACCGGCGCAGCAUUGAUACCAGAUCGCGUGGGAUGUUUCCCAGUGAUACAGGCCUGAGGAGCCAAUGGGAAGUUGCUAUAAGACGGGAGGGUUUUGUUGCAACUGAGUCGUCAAAGCUCUGUAGUGAGCACUUCAAGCCUGAUGACUUUGACAGGACGGGUCAGAUUGUCAGGCUUAGAGAUGGUGCGAAAUAAAUUCAAAUGAACAAUCAAACUUGUUUCUUUAUUAAAAUAUAAAAUUAAUUCAUUUAUACAUCUAUCAAUAUGCCAUAGCCUACCAUAUGUCUUUGUUAAAGAGGAUAAUACAAAGUCUUUUAGCAUGAAAGCAUGUAUUUUUCAAUGUGUGACAGCGUCCUGUAUCAUAACUAAAUCUCUGCCGUUUGUAACAAACCAAACCGUGUGAAAAUCCGGUA